CAAUGGCUUUGCAUGAAUUGCCAGAAAGCAGAAGGAGGAAGAGAACCAAUAGGAAGUUCCAUGAUACAGCCUCAUCUGACAUUGCCCGAAAAGGACAGUCAGUCACCAAAUUCAGUGCACAAAUUAGCUGAAACAUCCACUGUAUGUGUAGAUAGGAAGACAUCAACUCUCCCAGAAGCAGCAAAGACAGAUCAUCGACAGCCAAGCUUGAAUGAAAAUGUGCUGCCUCCAAAAAAAGAGCUGUCCCAACAAAAAGCACAAGAAGAGAAAGAUCUAAAAUCACAGAAACAGGUGACAAAAGGUACACCAGCCAGAUCCACACCACCCUCACAGGCUGAGGUUCCAAAGCACCAAUCAAGUUUCUUUGGAUUUGGCGUCAGUACUGGUAAUUCUCAAGCUACCUCUUCUAAAUCCUCAGAAUUGAUGACUGGGAAGCUCUUCGGAUUUGCUGGAUUGACUGAGACAGCCAGAUCACGAUCACCAUCACCACAGUCUAUGACUAAUGUUCCUGGAAAGGUUUUAGGAUUUGGAUCAACCAUCUUUAGUUCUGCCUCCAAUUUGAUUUCAUCAGCUCUUCAGGAUGAGUCAUCUCCACCAGUCUCUCGAAAAGGCUCUACAGUAUCUCAAUCAUCUGUACCAGCUACUUCUCGUAAGGGUUCUAUAGUCCCCACUGGAGAGCCCAAACCUCCCAUAUCAAAGAGGCUAGAUGACAAGCCAGUAGAUAAGAAGACAGAAGAACUGAAUUUGACCGAAGCCAAAUUAUCUGUUACUGAAAAGCAGGAAGCUAUGCCUGAGCCUGUGGAAGUGACAGCAAGGCCUAAAUCUCCUUCCAAAGCAAGCCAACCAACCUGCACACUUUGUAAGGUGGAUCUUAAUGUUGGCUCAAAAGAACUUCCCAACUACAAUACAUGCACAGAGUGCAAAGAUAUGGUGUGUAAUCUCUGUGGAUUUAACCCCAUGCCUCACCUUGCCCAGCAACUUAAAUGGGCAUGGAUGGCUAUGCGAAGAAGGGAGGGGGAGUGGGCAUGGCAGGGAAAGCCAGUGGAGGAAGAGGGGGGCGAGCCUUCAGAACACUCACAAUAA